AUGAGCGGGAUACGGUGGAGAGAGACACAUGGGAACAAAUAUAGUGGUAGCCAGUGGCAAAGGCGGCGCGAACGUAAACUGAGGAUCGAGCGCCAGCAUAUUGAUGGUAUCGAUCAGGAACGAGUAGUAGGUACUAAUAGAGCACGAGGCAGUAGCUUAGAAAGGGGGAGGAAAAAACGACAAGUCUACAUAGCUUUCUAUCGCGCAUAUAGUAUCGCCGACAGUGAAGCACAGGACAGUCGUAGACCACCAGUCUUAUCCAUAUACCGUUUUACUGAUAUAACCUAUCAUCCGUGA